AUGGGUGUGAAUUGUGCUGUGCGAAUGUGCAAUAUACAAAUGUUGGAAGACGCAGUUAGGAAACGAUUGGAAUUGGCCCAAUCAAAACAUCCUGUGGUUGCAGAUCAAAAAAACGAGGAAAAGGUUGAGAAGGAAGAUGAUGAGGUUAAGAUGGAAAAAUUCGAUUGGAAGCUUUUUGUGUUGGAACAAAAGCCUAAACACUUUAUCGAUUGUCUCCGGUUCAGAGCUGUGCAUUUGUAUUGUGAGUUGGCUGAAAAAUUGAAACUGGGGCACUGUUGGUCCAAUGAAAACGAAUUUAAAAACUUUUUUACCUCUCUGUAUUUGUUUGAGCAAGAUUUAGCUAAGGAAUAUGUGGCAAAGAACGGCACUACAUCCGCAGUACCAGUAACGACGGAAAAUUUGAGAUAUCCCAAUUUAUUGUCAGUAUGUCGCGUUUACAAUGAGAAUAAGAGUGUUUUUGGUAUGGGAUUUGUUCAUCCCUCUCGUUUGGCACAGCUUAGUGAAAGAUUGGAUCACUGUAGUUACAUUCCAUCAACUGUUUUGCAAGAAGCCUUCAUGCAAGAUUACAAAGACAAGUAUUUGAAAAACUUGAAGAAGGGAAGAAAAUCUGAACGUAUGACUUUCGAAGAAUGGGUUUUUGAUGAAUACGAUUAUAUUUCAUUUUUCUUUGAUAUUGCGUUAAGGUACAAUGAUCCGGCAUCGUUUUGCAUGCUUCUUCCAAAGACACCGAUUGAUAACUCACAACCUACUGUCAAACUAUUUGAAAAGCUUGAUGUUAACUUUUCAGAUUUGGCAGAUGAAUACUGGUUCACAAUUAUGGAGUUUAUAGAAGAUCCUUUCACUUUGGUACGAUUCGCCAAGGGCAAUACAGUCCUGUUUCGUAUAUUUACAGAAAGAAAGGAUGCUUUGUUCCGUAACUUCCAGCAUCUUAAGGCAGAUAUUGGUCUUUUCUGUUACUUGUAUUAA